AUGUCCAUUGGUCCUGAAACCAUAAAAGAGAUCAGUGGCUUGCUGAGCCCUACUUGCACUUUGGGCAUCAACAUCAGGCUGCAAAAGGUCUUGACUACUUUGGAAGGAGCUGGCCUGGUUUACAGUAGCUGCCUUACUCCUGGAGCUUUUCUGUGCCAUCCUCAAAACAGAGGAUCCUCCAUGGUCAAUGCCUUCAAUGCGCACAAGAAAGGGCAUGACAUUUUGGAAGCAGGGGUGAAGGCAGAGCUGCUUCCACCCAACUCCUUGGCAGUUGAGGUUGCCAUUGAUUCCAAGGUGAAAGAGAACCAGUUUAAGUUGAACAUGAAGAUGGUCUCUGACUCCAAUGGCCUUCUUGCUCCUGUUACUGGGCAUGAGCGUUUCUUGACAUUGGCCAACAGCCACUUUGUUCAAUGGGCCAGGGCCAUGGACAAUGGCUGCAAAGGGCCUCAUGGAAACCCUCUCACUGUGACCCCUGACAUGAAGCCAUUGCCCAGAGAAGGCUGGCAAUGGAGAAUCAUUUCUAGUGAGGCUGAAAAGCUGUGGCCACAGCUUCCUGCAUUUGCAGCUAUGGCAAUGAACAGCCACAACACCAACCAGAUUACAUCCAAUGAGUUGGAAGCUAUGAUGCAACUUGCAGAUCUUUACCAAGCAGGCAUGAAGAUGGAUGAGGCAAUCAUUGCUGUUGAACACAGCUCACCAUCCUGCAAGAAGUACAUGCAUGAUGUCGCAUACUUUUGCAAGAUGUACUCUGGAGGGGAAAGCUUCCCUUUGUUGCAGUGCCUGGACAGCUACUGUUGUUUUGUGCGACAAUUUAGUUUGUGCAAACCAAUUCUGCAGCUAGCAGGCAAAAGCUGUGGACAUUCUCUCUUGAUUGGAGAAGAACUCAUGAACCUGUUAGCUCUGUACAACUUCAAAAUCCCUGGGCACUCGAUGGCCCUCACAAGGAUUGCUUUGGCAGCAUGCAUGCUUUCAAGCAAAAAACAUGCAGACAACAUUUCCAAGUUGAUCUGCAAAUCAGAUUUUGAUAAGUUGAAAUCCAAAGACUCCACAAAGAAGUUGGAUGAGAUUUUGAAUACCAUGUGGGCAGAAGCUCAGAAGCAUGACAAGCAGUUGGCCUUCAAGUGUUUUGGCACUGCAUGUGUCAGAAUGGUUCUGCACCUCCUGGGGAAAGAGAAGAUGGCCAAGCAGGAGGCCUUUGAAUCUUUCCAACAAAUUGUUGAAAAGUUUGAGGAGGAGCUGUCUGCUGGUAUGGUUGCCCCACAUGCUGUCCCAUCUGCUCCAAGUGCUGGCUCUAGCCAAAAUGUGCGAGAUUUGGUGAACUGCUCCAGCAAAGAUAUUGCCCUUGUGCACAACAGCCACAUCAAAGUUGGUGACAGGUACACCCAUGCUGACCAUGAAGGCCAGAUCUUUGUCCUUGCCUCUUUGGAAAAUGAUGGUGCCAAGUUUCGCUUCAAGCCUCUCUUUGGAGAUGUACUGGAAGUGUCAGAGAGCUUGGAUGCUUUGAAGAAAUGGAAGCCCACAAAGAAAGAGAAUCAAUCCCUCCAUGACCAGGAGCUUUGCAUUCAGAGGCUUCCUCAUCACUAUGACAGUGUUCUGAAAGAAAUGGAGAAGAUGGAAGUGAAUGCUUUGCUGGUGGAGGCCUACAAGCAGAACAUUCCCAAGGAUGAUGCCAUGAUUGGCUUCACCCAGCAUCCCUCCAAUGUGGUCUUGCUCAAGAAGGCCAAAAAGAAGGAAAUCAAGUUGUUUCCACUUGGGCACUGCAGUGCUGUUGCUGACAAGGACUUGGAGCAAGUUGUCGAGAAGGGAAAGCAGGUCCUGGUGUACUAUGCAGGCAAAGCCUAUGCAGUUCAACCCUUCAAGACCCUCACCAAUUUUGAUAAAGCUGACAGUGGCUGCCUUUGCCCAUACUUCUUUGUGAAGGCUUGCGAUGAUGAAGAUCUUGUCAAGCUGACCACCACUUGGGUGGACCAUAAGAGCUUGAAGAUUCCUGUCUUGGAAAACAAAGAUGUCAUUGAAGCAAAAACAUUGCUCUUCAAGGAUGACAGUGAGACCUCCAUUGCCAAAGGCUUGAAGGCAGUACAGCCACCCAAGAAGAAAGUCGGGAAGGGUGACAACUAG